CUUGUCUAACUUUAUUUUGCAACGGAAUGAGUAACAUUAAUAUUUCAUUCGGACGGUGAAUCUCAACGCCUCAAGUUGGACUGAAAGGUGAUGGUCAAGAAAAACCGCAUGAUGUGGAAAAGAAGCUUGAGUGAUCGAAAGUGGAGACCGAAUUCUGUUUUUAUUACCUUUGUCUUUAUCAUGGUCAUUGUCAUAAUCAUCAGCGUAAUCACUCCCGAUCCCUGUCUCUCUGACGAUCUGGAUUGCUUGGCUCCUAGAGAUUUGAGCAAUGUAAACGAAUCGUUGAACCAUCUGGAGCAAGAUGAUCCCAAACUUGUUGAGGCAAUCAGAACCAAAUAUCUUUUAGCACCUUCCGUGGAGAAAUAUAAUUUCACCAACCAGGAGCACUUGAAGUUUCGGGGACAACACGGACAACCUUUGGUGAUCGAUCAGAUGUUCAGCCACAGCCUUAGGAAGGGGUUCUUCAUUGAGGCUGGCGCCUUUGACGGGGAAUUGCUGUCAAACUCACUCCGUUUCGAAAUCUUGCAUCAGUGGAGUGGUUUGUUAGUGGAGCCCAAUCCAGAGCCUUUUGCCAGCUUAAGAGAGAAACAUAGAAAAGCGUGGCUUUUCCCUCAUUGCUUUUCCACCAAAACCACGCCUGAAGUGGUGGAGUUUGAUGCAGCGGGAGUGUAUGGAGGAAUAAUCAAUCCCAGAAAUGAACACAAGCCCGCGGAUAUCGACCGUAUCACUCAUAUGCAUCGGAAGGUUUUGGAUGCUCUCUCUCGAUUUACUCGCAGAACAAUCUCGAUCCAAUGUUUUCCUCUUUACUCAAUCCUAUUAGCCCUUGGAAAUCCCACCGUUCACUACAUGUCUCUGGAUAUUGAAGGAGCAGAAGUCAACGUCCUCAGAAGUCCAUUUUACAAAGUGGACAUCAAGAUCUUGGAUAUAGAAACCAACCAUUUAGGAGAGGUGUUUGAAGGAACCCGUCAAGAUUUGGCCACUCUCUUGACAAGUGCGGGGUUCUACCAUUUCCGAGACGUCAAGAUCGAUCAAAUUUGGGUCAAAAAGGGAUUUUAUGUCAAUCCGAAAGCCAAGGAAUUAAACCCGGAGGAGGUCCCCGAAGACCUCCCAUUUCUUGGUCAACUCAAGAUAAAUGUAAUGGAAUAUUUGAGCAAUGCGCUAAGUUAA